AUGUCUGAAGUAAAAGGAACAAAAGCUUUGGAAUUAUGGUGCAAACGUCUCGUCAAAGGUUGUCCCCAUGUUCAAAUAGAAAACAUGACUACAUCUUGGAGGAAUGGAAUUGCUUUCUGUGCACUUGUACAUCAUUUUAGACCUGACUUAAUUGAUCUUACAAAACUAAAUCCAGAAAACAUAUUUGAAAACAAUCAGCUAGCCUAUAGUAUUGCUGAAAAGCAUUUAGGUAUACCCGCACUGUUAGAUGCAGAAGACAUGGUCGAGAAUGAUGUUCCAGAUAGAUUAUCAAUAUUGACGUAUUUGUCUCAAUUUUAUCAACGUCUUGGUCAUACUGUAAAUGCUAAAGUUUCAGAAAGUGAAGCAAAAUCAUCACAGUCUUCACAGAUAACAACACCAAUCAAAUUUGGAAAAGUGGCUUUGGAUAAAUGCGCCGUUUGUGGACUUCCUGUAUACUUAGCACAAAGACUCAUUGUGUCACAGAGAUUGUAUCACAGGCAAUGCUUCCGAUGUUCUAAAUGUUCUGGACAUUUGAAUCCUAAAAAUUUUCACAUGUUGAAUGCAAAUGAAUUUUCUUGUGACUCUUGUAAAAAUGAAAAGACUGUCAUAUCUAAAUAUCUUAAUAAUAAUGAUCAAAUGGGAAUGUUGGCAUUUUGUAAUGAUGAUAAUAUGUCAAAUAGCACGAAUUUGGAUAUAGAAAAGGAAGACUCUAUUGUAAAAAAGGAAAAAACAAGACCAAAAUCAAUAUUAGAAAAAAUAAAUAUGUUUGAAAAUAAUAUAGAUAAAGAAAACAGUAUUGAAAGUAAAAUAGGAAAUCUUAGUAUAAAAGAUUAUAGUAUUGAUGAAUGUAAAUAUAAGGAUAUGAAUAUUAGUGCUAAUGAUGAUGCUAAAGACAGAGAUGGUACUAGCAGUGCUAUAAAAAAUGAAGAACAAAUUAGUUUAAAUAGUUCCAUUGAUUUAAGAACAGAGAGUGAUAAAGAUAGAAAUGAUAUGUCAAAAAUAGAUACACCAGAAAUAAAAUAUACUAGUACUAUUGAAAAAUUAACUUUUUUACAAACACAAUUAUCUGGAGAAGCAAAUUUUGAUAAUUACUCAAAUCCAAAUCAAGUAAUCAAUACAAGUAUUGAAAAUGUUUUGCCAAAAACAGAGCAAACAGAUAGCAAAAGUUGGUCAAAAGAUAUGCCAAUUAACAUAACAGAUGAUAGCCGAUUAGCACAAACUAAUAAAAAUUUAGAUAUUAGUGUAACAUUAGACAUUUCCCAUAAAGAGGAGAUUGACAAAGAUUUAUGUGAAAAGGAAGUUAAAAUAAAUGUACCUCCAAGGAGAAAAAAAAUAAAUAAUCCUGAAAAUAAAAUUGAAACAAUUGCUGAAAUGAAGCAAACAAAGAAUAAGAGUUAUCCUGAUCAUUUAAAUCCAUUUUCUGACGACGAAGAAGAGAAUGAUACAAAAGAUUCAACUAAGAAAGACAGUACUAAUCCAUUUGGUAGUAGUGAUGAGGAAGAUGAUGAGGUUCCUUCGAUACAAUCGCCAGCGGCAAAUGUACAGACAUCAACACCUGUAAGACGCCAUAUCAAAGCAUACAAUCCAUUUUGGUCCGAUGGGGAAGAACCAUCGUCAGAUGAAGAUUAUGAUAGUAUGAGUUCCAGUAUGCACAAAGGGUCAAUAACGGCGAGUACCCCAAAUCUUCCUUCGGGAACUCCUCGGCGAAGGAAACCCAAAGCUCCGCCUCCGCCUACCAUAAAUGUCGAGUAUUCGGCCCCAACUACAUCUAUGGAUGAUGUCGCUAGCAUUUCUUCUGUUAGCUCGCAUGCUUCAACUAUACACUCUGACCAGAAAUCAAUUGGUAAACUGACGCCAAGAUCAAAGAAGAGACGGCUGGCCCCAACCCCUCCCGAUACUCGGUCUAUGGCUUCAGGCUAUGGCGCCUCACUUGAAGCAGAUAUUUCUUUACGGAGUAACGCUUCUGAAGGUCGCAAGAAAGGUCCCGCACCGGGUCUUCCCUUACCAGAACGCCGUGAAGUGAAGAUGCAAAUGACUCCUGAAGAGUUACAAGUGCAGUUGGACUUGCUGGAGACGCAACAACUCGGCCUCGAAAGGCAGGGCGUGCUUAUAGAACAAAUGAUACGCGACAAGUGUGAGGGUGACGAAGGUGUUACAGCGCCGCAAGAAGAAAUAGAGGACUUGGUUAUACAGCUGUGUGAGCUGGUCAAUGAGAAGAAUGACUUGUUUAGGAAACAAACAGAACUUAUGUAUAUUCGUAGACAACAAAGACUGGAGCAGGAGCAAGCAGACAUUGAACAUGAGAUUCGAGUGAUUCAGUCGAGACCAGUCGUCAACAGGAUUGAUGCUGAUAAAGCCCGCGAAGAACAGCUAGUCUGUCGUCUGGUGGAAAUAGUGCGCAUGCGAGACGAGUUAGUGCAGCAAGUAGACGCUGAGAGAAGACGCGAGAGGCAAGAGGACCGUGCCAUUGCCGCCUCCAUAGCUGCUAAACGAGCACAAAGAAAUAGUGACUCCACAAGCUCGUCGAUCAAAUCGUCAGAUGUUGUGACACCGAUCAAGAAAAACAAAGUAAAAGACAAAGUAAAGAAGCAAUUUAAAAAAGCGAAACAUACGCUUAUUGCUAAGAAAAAAGACGAAGACAAAAAACCAAAAUGA